CGCCUCGAAGUGUCGCCCCGCCCCGCCCCAUCGUCCAGACUGCACUCUGGGGUUACUCGCUUGGCAGGGUGUGACUCAAACUUGCGUGGCCCGUGACAUUGUCUGGAAACUGACCAAAGGGGCUUCGCAACAUUUUUCAGUCCUGUAAAUGUCUGAGGCACCGCGCUGGACAGAGCUACGCAAACAGAAAUUGGCAGAAUACCUUGCUGCAAAAGGCAGACUGAAAGCUCCUAAUCCAAAGCCGUAUCUCAAGGAGAAGAAACAUGCUGAAGAUGAGCAGAAGUCGAAGACCGUGACUACAGCGGAAGGAAAGGAGAACCGUGGCAUCAGAGGCACAAAUACAAAAGAAGUCAUGGCAUCAGAAGAGGGUGAUAAAAACACAUCCUCAAAAAAAGGACUUGGUAUCAGUUCGCUAGCCAAAGCCCAAACACAGCCGUCCAGUAAUUCCCAUAAUGCUGUUCGGGAAGGCCUUCGUGUUCUGAAGACGCAGAGCAACAAAACAGCUUCUCUUCAAACUCAGAAACCAGCUGCGCCGUUCAAGACGACUCGAUCACAAAGCCUUCAAAGUGUCCAACCGAAAGCUCAGACAGCGUCACAAUCCCAUUCUGCAAAGACAAGAAAGCCCAGUCUUGUGUCCAUCUGUAACCCUUCACAGUCUGGACGUGGCGUCUCAGUCCCCAGAUUCACAGAUCAGAGCCGCACCGUUCAGUCUACAAGGCCUUCAGCCAAGAAAUUACCUGAAACAAGCGUCAAAUCAAGCUCAGCUGCCAGUUCGACGACUCAAAGAGCAACGAAAGUGCAGGGAAACGGUGUUUCUAAAACCCAAGUGAAACCCACAGAACGACCCAGAAGUCUGAGUGCUGUGCACACCCGCAGUUCUCAAAGCAACCAGAAACCAAACCCAUCCACGAACACAUCCGACGUGAACCGGAGGAAGAAUACCUUCUCCGUCGAUGCCACUAAACCGAAAUCAAACCAAGCGACGAGAGCGAGCGCUGCUUCGACUCUCUCUAAACCUGCGGCUAGAGAAGCAGCAGCGGUCAGCAGAAAUAAAGGAACGAGCACCGCUGAUUCCACCAGACCGGCCGGCCGGAGCUCCAGGAGCUGUGUUCAGAUCGACAAGCCUGCGGAUCAGCUCCAGACUCCCAAAUCCAGACGGUGUCCCAGCGCUCAAGGAGUCCGGACCGCUCCUCUAGAUGAUGGACAGAAGAAGCCCACUGCAGCUCAGGAGGACAGACUGCGUAAGCUCCAGGAGUGGAGGGAGUCCAGGAGCAUCACGUAUAAACGCCCCCCCAUGCCCGUCCGGGUGGUCAGGAGGAAGACCGUUUCUACUCUUCCUCAGCCCUACUGGACUUCUAUAGAGAAUGAAGACGAGGUUCAUGACAUUGUCUUUGCUGUGGACCGAUCGCUGGAUGACUGCAUUGAAUUAUUACAGCAGGGUUUCCCGGCGGAGCGGGUCAGAGAUGUGCUGUCUCGGGUGCCAAUGGCACAGAAGUUUGCUAAAUACUGGAUCUGUCAGGCCAGACUAAUGGAAAGAGAGGGAAGCCCGGAGCUGCUGGCCAUGUUUCAGGAGGCCAUCCGUGUGGUCAGAGAGCCAGUGGAUGAGCUACGUUCUGUGGUUUUUGAGAUCCUGAAAAAGAGACAGAUUCAAGGUUCAUCUCUGACGCCAGAAGAGACUGGAGUGUGUGAUGAAGAGGACGGCGAUGACAUCAUACACACCCCGAAACCCAUCAGUGCCCUGAUCUCUGGAGCGAGGGGAGACUCGUCCGUCGUCAAGUACAAGAUCACAGCCACCCCUGGGGGUAAGAGGGGUCAGCGAGGAGCAGAAGCAGGACGAGUGGACGGUCACGAGAUCCGCUUCUUCACCCCGGUGCGCCGCUCGGUGCGGAUCGAAAGAAGCGCUCAGCGUUAUCCCACAGCGCUGCGGGAACACGAGCCCUGUGUGACCUCUCUCUGUGAGCUCGCAGCGGGGUUAGGGUUAGGUCUGGAAUGUCAUUAUGGAGCAGAACAGCCUUCAAGAUCAGAAUCAAAAUUACACAGUGCCGGAUAUGGAUUCUAUUCAUUGAUGUCAAACUUCCGCAUCGAGAAAAAGAUCGGCCGUGGUCACUUUAGUGAGGUCUAUAAAGCCACUUGUCUACUGGACAACCAGCAAGUGGCACUAAAAAAAGUAGAUUUCUGGGAAAUGAUGGAUGCUAAAGCCCGGCAGGACUGCAUUAAAGAGAUCGACUCGUUAAAGCAACUGAACCAUCCAAACAUCAUUAAGUAUUUGGACUCGUUUAUAGAAGGAAACGAGCUGAAUAUUGUUUUGGAGUUAGCAGGCGCUGGUGACCUUUCACAGAUGAUUAAGUAUUUUAAGAAAAAGCGGAAGUUGAUUUCUGAACGAGCGAUAUGGAAGUAUUUUGUGCAGCUGUGCAGCGCGCUGGAACACAUGCACUCACGCGGAGUCAGGCAUCGACAUAUAAAACCAGCCAACGUCUUCAUCACAGCUACUGGAGAGGUCAAACUCGGUGACCUUGGGCUAGAUCGAUUCUUUAGCUCCAGAUCUGCUGGGCCCUCUUUUGUUGGAAAUCCAUAUUACAUGUCUCCUGAGAGGAUUCAUGAUACCGCCUACAACUUCAAAUCACACAUCUGGUCCUUGGGUUGCUUGCUUUAUGAGAUGGCAGCUCUGCAGAGCCCCUUCUACAGCGACAAGAUGAACCUGCUCUCAUUGUGCCACAAGAUCGAACAGUGCGAUUACCCUCCUCUGCCUUCAGAGCACUACUCACAGAAGCUCAGAGAUCUGGUCAGUAUGUGCCUCAACCCAGAUCCUGACCAGCGGCCCGACAUCAGCUUCGUCCUGCAGUUCGCCAAACAGAUGCACGACCCUGCACGACCCGCUUAAAAUAGAACCGACACCCGACCCGCACCCGAAAUCAAAUCAGUUAAGCCAAUCACAUUAGACACACUUUUUUGGAAUUUUAUUGUCAGGUCAUACAGAUGUUAUUUAUGGAAAACUCUUUUUAAAAGAUAUUCGUUUUUCAUACAUUUUAUCUUAAUUUUGAUCAAUGUUUUAUCAAUCAUUGCCCGUAUUUAAUUAAUAAGAAGCAAAUAUAUAGCAGACAAUG